CUCCGCACUCCCCAGCACCAGGUGCACAGCGAAGCGCGAGUCAGAGCCGGCGCGCCUCGCGAUCACGAGCCGGUUGUUCAUGCAGAAGGAAGUGCAAGACCCUGCGGGCUGCAGCGAGUACGAGACGCAAAGGGUGGUUUGAACUCAGAACGGGGAAAUUGGCUAAUAGUUCUCCACUUCAGAGCGCCAGAAGACCUUGGAAACGGUAACAAAUUCGUGCCGUAUGGAAAUAGUUUACAUUUUCAAGUAGGUUUAAAUCAGAAACCAUCUUAGGUCUGAAACUAAAUAUAAGAAUUACAACACAACAAUACAUUUAUGUUUCGUUUCGAAACCGAUUGCGCAUAGUUUUGGACACCUGGGGGGCUGUUUGCCUUGAAGAUUAAGACCCAGAGGAUAGAAGCAUUCCUGCCUCCAGAGUCCAGGCCUCCCGGCAAAACAUUUUAUUAACACGAACUGUAGAGAAAACGCCCCCCCGAUAUUAUUCAUGAGAGCAACACUGGAAACCCCUGACUCUGUCGUUGCACAAGCGCUGACGAAAGAAAAAAACCAACACGUUUCAGCCAGUGUCCGUCGUGGUUAAGACGAGAGAGAGUGGAGCAGGUGCUACAACAGGUCACCCGGAUGUCCCUGACCCAGCACGAGGCUAUCGGAGUCCAACAGGAAGCCACAGGGGUCCAAGAGGGAGCGAUCUGGCUACAUCUGGAAGAUCAGCACCUCAGCCAGCAGCCAAUGUGGACUGAACUGCAAAGGCUGAGCGUAGUGCUGCCAAACUUCUUAAAAUAAUAGCUGAAAUCCAUUUACGUGAACUGACUACACUUUAAUGUUCGCUUCAUUCCUAAAUGGAGGGCUGAACACCUGCUCUAAACCUGUGAAUUGUGAAGGUAUUUUCAGUGAUUGCUUGUUGUCUUUGACAGUGACAUGGGCCGAUUCCUGAAGAGGCUGUGUCUUUUCUUCCUCAGUUUCCUACCAGUCAUUCUGACACAAACAGUCAAGAGAGUUGUCAUCGGCUCUAAACAGCCCCUCCUUGCCUUUCCUGGUGGUGACGUCACCCUGCCCUGUCACAUCUACCCCAGAGCCAGUGCUGUGGACAUGGAGGUGAGGUGGUACCGACAGGUCAUCCAGACUCCUGUCCACCUGUACGAGGAUGGAAGAGACCGUACUGACGUUCAGGAUAGGGAUUACAGGAGUCGGACAUAUCUUGAUAGAGCUGGGCUGCACGAUGGGGAUCUGUCUCUUAAACUGAACAACCUCCAGGUCUCUGACAAUGGGCUCUAUAACUGCCUAGCAACUGAUGGACUGUGGUAUGGAAGAGGACAGGCUGAACUGGUUGUAAGAGCUCUGGGCUCCCAGCCCACAGUGACUCUGAACGGGUCUGAAGCGGAGCAGACCCACCUCCUGUGCCGAUCCGAGGGCUGGUACCCUCCGCCCGCGCUGACCUGGGCAGACGGCCACGGAAACGAUGUGACGGCGCUGUCCAGCACCGCAGUGGAACGGGACAGCCGGGGGCUCCUCCGGGUCAGCAGCCACAUCCCAGUCAGACCGCAGUCCGGCGUCUUCGCCUGUCUGCUGAGAAGCACAGCCCCUGAGUCUGACGGGGAGACCCAGGUCCGUGUAUCCAAAGAUUUUUUCCCUGCAGUCUCAGGAUGGGCGGUGACUCUGUUCAUAAUGCUGGGUCUUGCUGUGGCAGCACUCCCCCUUCUGGUGAUCCAGUGGAGAAGGAUGAACAAGCUGGAGAAAAUUUGUGAAAGAAAUGCCAUGCAUGCAGCCAUUUUUAUACUUCAGAAAGAACAGGAUGCAGUUAGACAUACUCUUACAUCAGAGUGGCAGUGGCUGAGCAGUGCAGCAGCUGCUGUGACUCUGGACCCCGACACAGCGCACGGCGAGCUGACCCUGUCUGAAGACGGGAUGAAAAUGAGAGUGGGCGGGUGGCACAGUGUCCCCGACAGUCCACGCAGGUUUGAUUACUGGGACUGUGCUGUGAGCAGGGAGGGCUUCACCUCGGGGAGGCACUACUGGGAGGUGGAGAGCAACAGCAUGUGGACCAUGGGAGUCAGCCGAGAAUCUGCCGAGAGGAAAGGGAUGUUCAGCUUUACUCCCCGGGAGGGUUACUGGGGUCUGGAGACGGAUUCUUCUUCUUUCUGCGCUCUGACUGCCCCUCAAACCCCCCUCCCCCUCCGGCUGCUGCCCCAAACUCUGGGGGUCUGUGUAGACAUGGAAGAGAGGCAGGUCUCAUUUUACAAGGUGGAGUCCAGAGCUCAUAUCUACACCUUCACCACCAUGGACCUGAGAGAGGGGGAGAAAAUCUAUCCGUUUUUCCGGACCCUGGAUUGGAACAAAGACCUCGUGUUACUGUCUCCUCAGCUCUGCACAUCGGACAGCUCACUGACUCCUGAGGCAGCGAGGGCCGAUAAUGACAAAACACUGAAAGAAUAGGUAUCAUUUAAGUAAGCAAGUGCAAUUUAUUAUAAAAUGGAGUUUUACAAUACUGUAAGUUGCGUUCUGGCGCACUGUGGCUGCCGUCGCAUCAUCCAG